GAAAUCGCAAUGCUUGUCGAAGAUGAGGUGAUUGGCCUCAAAAGCCCAGAGCAGGCCACCACAAGACCUGCACCAACUGGCCUCGCAGCGGACGCAACGUUACAUGAUGCUGUAAGAGAUCUCAUAACCACCUACCACGACCUCAACCCCACCACGAUCGAUACCCUCGAUGCAGAACCCUCGCCGCUGGAAUUCAUGCGCUAUGUCGCCCGCAACAGACCGUUCAUCAUCAAGAACGGCGCUGCAGACUGGAAGGCACGGAAGAGAUGGAAUGCCGCCUACCUCAAGGAAGUAAUGGCCGGCCAAACUGUCAACGUCUCUCUCACACCCCACGGGAACGCCGAUUCAGUCGUCAACAUUCCAUCCGGCGGAAGUGUAUUCGUCAAGCCCUACGAGAAAAGUGAAGAUUUCGGCAUGGUGCUGGACGCCAUCAGCGCUCAAGGACUCCACCCCACCUCUUCCAACGGCCUCCCCAUUCGGUACGCGCAAACGCAAAACGACAACCUGCGCGACGAAUACACAAGCUUAUUCUCCGACGUCCCGCCCAGCAUCCCAUUCGCCCGCGUCGCCUUGGACCAAUCACCAGACGCAGUGAAUCUCUGGCUCGGCAGCAGCGCCUCGGUGACCGCUCUGCAUAAAGAUAACUACGAGAACAUCUACGUGCAGAUUCUGGGGCGGAAGCACUUUGUCCUCCUCCCGCCGUGCGAUGCGCCGUGUGUAGGCGAGAAGGAAGUCCUGGCCGCUACUUACGAACCAAAGAAGUCUCAAAACGCUGCAGAUGAGGACGAGGUAGCAGAUUUAGCGAUCCAUGUCGACUCACCACCCACCUACGUCCCCUUCGCAACAUGGGACCCGGACACACCCACGCUCAACACAACUCCCUACUCGCAGUUUGCUCGCCCGAUGCACGUCACGCUCGAUGAGGGGGAUAUGCUGUAUCUGCCGGCUUUGUGGUAUCAUAAAGUGAGUCAGAGUUGUGAUGAGGAAGGUUUGUGUUGUGCGGUGAACUACUGGUAUGAUCUUGAUUUUGGUGGAGGAUUUUGGAGCACGGCGGGGUUUGUGAGGGGUGUGGGGUUGUUGAGUAUGCAAGCACCCCAGACAGAAAGUGAGGCGGUCAGAUGAAGAACAUGCAUCCAAGGCCAUAUCGCGUUUGACACUGG